UCAAUUCCGACCACCAUACGGGAUGUUGGAUCGUCCGACCCUUCGAACUUCAGGCAAUAAAGCCCGCGUUGAGUGGCAGGGUCAUAUAUUGCUUGUUGCUCUCACCUGUCUUUGAGCUGACUGAAAUAUCAACUUAUGUCAGAGUCGACUGACAUUGUCAAAGUCUCUCUUCCUUCGGAACUACAGGAUAUGAUCAUCGAAAGGAUGUUGGACCUCGAUAAUGCAUACCUUUUGCUCGCUAGUCUUGUUUGUAGAGAUUGGCGAUAUUACAGCUACCAGGAAGUCUUUUCUUCGAUCUGCUUCGAUAGUCACUCUAUCCCAGUCUUUGCAUCAUUCUUGGACAACCCCUUCUCCCGACCAGCCAUAUUUCCCCGAGUUCGUCGGCUUCGUAUACUUGGCAAUGGUAAAGCUUCUCUCUGGACUUCAACACUCCUCAGAGAUCUAGUAAAACUCCUCCAUCACCUCGUACAGAUCGGAAGAAUAUCGGAUUUGGUGCUUGAUAACCUCACCUGGGCUGUCCUAGAUCCCGCGCUGGCGCCUAUAUUGACAGACUUCCUGAGCAUCGAACGCCUCUCCAUGCGUCGUAUAUGCUUUGCACAACUUGGCCAAUUUUCCGACUUCGUCGCAGGCUUUCGCUUAAUGCGUUCAUUCGACCUAGAAAGUAUCGAGUGCCCUCCCCUGGUUGGCUGGAAUCAUCCGCUUCCGUCACUUGCCCCAUAUGAACUCGGUCACUGCGUGUCUCUGGAAAGAAGUAACGCGACUUCCUCCGCAAAGCUUACUUGGGUAUAUCCAAAAUGCAUAUCACGCGAAGAAAGGACUGUUUCAUCCAUCCAUGGCGCUCAGAUUUUCUGUAAUUCACCCACUAGCUCAGAUCUCUUGAGAUCCCUUGGCGCUCUUCUUGCAAGGCUGCAUGUCAUCUCCGAAAAUAUCACCGCAGACGAAGAUAUUGCUUUGCUCGAUAUUUCCAUGAAUUCUUCCAUCCGGCACCUGCAUCUCUCCUCGCCUACUCGCGUAUUGAGUAUGAUUUCAUGGUUACCACCUCUUCUUGCCAGAGUAAAAGGAUCAAAUUUAAAGACACUCCAUAUGUCGUUUGCUCAGUCGCGUCAAUUUCACCUGGAUCGCCCUUUCCUGAAACAUAUUGCUGGGAUUUUGGACAAGCCUCAAUUCCAGGGCCUUGAAAUGAUCGAAUUCAUUGCCUCUUUCGCCAGCUGUGGGAGACUGGAGGACGAUGUGAAACAGGACAUCAUCAACUGUAUACGCUCUUGUUUACCUUACUGGGAGAGGAAAGGUAUCCUUGCAUUCAAUUUUGACUAGAUUAUCAGCUUUGUAUUGCACGAUGCUAUGCAAGAUCCCCGCGAUUGCUGUGACGUUUCGAAUGUCCAAAAUCCUAUGAUGGAUAUGGACGGAAUCAGAUUGUUUCCAUUGGGCAGCGUCAGAGUUCACGAGCUCAUUAGUAUUGUAGUCCCCAUGCCGAAUGAAUAUCUGGGUGAUAGAAUUAGGAUAUACUCAUUUAGUGUAAGUGCAUAUACAACGUUAUAGCUUACAGUACAAACGACACGCAUACUGAUACUGAAAA